AUGUCAAAUACUGAUGGUAUAGACACAUUCGAAAGGCCAAUAGAAGAAGUAACAGAUGGUAAUACAUUUGCUACAAAUGAAGGGACUGGGUUACAAAAUGAAGAGAGAGAAAGAUUACUAAGUAACCAAACAGAAACAAAUUAUCAUACUAAUGAGAACUCUUCCACUAUUGUACCAAAACCUUCUCAUAGAACUCCCAUAGGCUCUACUACCACUGAUGGUACUGCUGCAAAUACUACUGCUAUUACGACAAACCCACAUAGCAAUGAUUUAGAAUCUACCACCUCAGACGGACCUAUGAGAAGGCAAUAUGAAAUUCAAAAAGAUUACAGAAAUUUUUAUCAUAACUCAAGAAUUCUUUUGAUUAUUGUUGUGUCCAUGUCAGCAAUAUGGUUCAUCAUUUCAUUAAUUUCCGAUUUCUUCUUCAAUUUUAGAUUUAAUAAUAAAUUAACGAGUUUCAAUAACAUAAUAUUACUCUUAAUAUCUAUGGUUGCUAAUUCGUGUAAUUACAUCUUUAAUGACAUUGAAUUAUAUUCACAAUUAGAUUAUUCUCUAAACAUAAUCCUAGCAUCUUUAACAUGGUUCAAUUUGGUACUACUAUACUUGAUUAAAUUCACAAGAUCCAGACUAUCAUUCACUGACAAGGCAAUCUAUAUAUGGACUAUAUUCACAUUUAUACUAGGUGCCACAUUAGAUUGGCAAAAUCAUAAAUAUGCAAUACAAUUAAAUAGACAAGCACCCACCACUAUUGACGGGAAUGAUGAAAUGAGACAGCCAAUAACUUCGAAACACACAAUAAAUGAAUGGUUACAAAUAGCAACAAGAAAUAUAAUAAAAUUGUUCUUAUUAGCCGCAUUAAUUUCAUUAACCUUAACUCAAUUAUUAUACACAAUCGAUCUUCAUCGUACUGCACCAGCUAGGAGUGAAUUCCAAUUCACUGACCCUACAAACAACACACAGAUUCAUAUAAGGUGUCAUUUGAAAAACUUGCAUGGUAGCGGCGGCGAGGGAAACAGUAACGACAAGAAGACAACCCAUCCAAUCAUAUUGUAUGAACAUGGUGGAUUUGAUACAUGGUAUGAAUCAGCAGAUUGGAUUAAAGAAUUGUAUCAAUUAAAUAGAAUAGAUUCUUAUUGUGUUUAUGAAAGGGCUGGAUAUGGAUUUAGUGAUUCCAUGGGGGCACCUACUUCUAUUUCAUUACAAAUUGAAUCAUUGAAUCAUGCUUUGAAUUCCAUUAUUAAAGAAAAUACAAAGGAUUUUGAGGGUGCGGAUAUGAAAUUUGUGGCUGUUGGAUUUGGGUAUGGUGGAUUGUUUUCCAGGAGUUGGUGUGCUGAGAAUUUAGAUCUAUGUGAUGGGAUGAUUUUGGUCGAUUCUUGGCAUGAAGAUUUAUUAUUGAAGAAUUAUAUUUCCAGAUUAUUACCUGAUCCAGAUCAUGAUGAUGAUGAUGGUGACGACAAUAAUCGCGAUGAUGACAAUGAUAAUCAUAAUGGUAAGAAACGUAAAGAAUGGAGAUUUACUAAAGAAUUAGGUACAAGGAAUGGAUGGAAAUUAUGGUGGAAAGGAUUUUGGAAUAGUUUUGGUUUAAAUCUUCAAUUAUCAUGGAUUUUAAAACAUCAUGGUUCCAUGGAUAGAAUUCUUGGAAGAGAAAUGAAAUAUCAAAAUAGAUUCCUUAGAAUGAAAUAUUUGGAAACUGUUACUAGUUCCAUAUUGAGUUAUAAUGAGAUUAUUAAAAAUAAUAAGAAUUUGAAACAUGUGAAAACUACAGUUGUAAGUUCUAAAGAAAUGAUUAGAAGAUCAACCCAAUGGGGUGAUUGGCAAAGAUCUUUGACAAAAUUAUCUUCCAAUACUAAAGAAUGGAAAAUUGUGGAAGGUGAUCAUGAAAUUUAUAAGUAUGGACUUGGAAAAGAACAAUUACAAAAUGUCUUGUUAAGAUUCCUUGAAUUCGAGAUGGUCUAG